GAUAGAUCUUCUGCACUGUGUACAGUCACAGUUGCUGAUAUGUGUUCAAGAUGAGUGGGAUGGGAGAAAACACCUCUGACCCAUCCAGGGCAGAGACACGAAAGCGCAAGGAAUGUCCUGACCAGCUUGGACCCAGCCCCAAGAGAAGCACUGAGAAGCGUAAUCGUGAACAGGAAAAUAAAUACAUUGAAGAACUUGCAGAACUGAUUUUUGCAAAUUUUAAUGAUAUAGACAACUUUAACUUCAAACCUGACAAAUGUGCAAUCUUAAAAGAAACUGUGAAGCAAAUUCGUCAGAUCAAGGAACAGGAGAAAGCAGCUGCCAACAUAGAUGAAGUACAGAAGUCAGAUGUAUCAUCUACAGGGCAGGGUGUCAUCGACAAGGAUGCACUGGGGCCUAUGAUGCUUGAGGCCCUUGAUGGGUUCUUCUUUGUAGUGAACCUGGAUGGCAGCGUUGUGUUUGUUUCAGAGAAUGUGACUCAGUACCUAAGGUAUAACCAAGAAGAACUGAUGAACAAAAGUGUGUAUAGCAUCCUGCAUGUGGGGGACCACACUGAAUUUGUAAAAAACCUGCUGCCAAAGUCUAUAGUGAAUGGGGGAUCUUGGUCUGGAGAACCUCCUAGGAGGAACAGUCAUACCUUCAAUUGUCGGAUGUUGGUAAAACCAUUACCAGAUUCAGAAGAAGAAGGUCAUGACAACCAGGAAGCACAUCAGAAGUAUGAAACUAUGCAGUGCUUUGCUGUCUCGCAACCAAAGUCCAUCAAAGAAGAAGGAGAAGAUCUGCAGUCCUGCUUGAUUUGUGUGGCGAGAAGAGUUCCCAUGAAGGAAAGACCAGUUCUUCCCUCAUCAGAAAGUUUCACUACUCGUCAAGAUCUCCAAGGGAAGAUUACUUCCCUGGAUACUAGCACCAUGAGGGCAGCAAUGAAGCCAGGCUGGGAGGACCUGGUAAGACGGUGCAUUCAGAAGUUUCAUGCCCAGCAUGAAGGGGAAUCUGUGUCCUACGCUAAGAGGCAUCAUCAUGAAGUGCUGAGACAAGGACUGGCGUUCAGUCAGAUCUAUCGUUUUUCCUUGUCUGAUGGCACUCUUGUUGCUGCACAAACGAAGAGCAAACUCAUCCGUUCUCAGACUACUAAUGAACCUCAACUUGUAAUAUCUUUACAUAUGCUUCACAGAGAACAGAAUGUAUGUGUAAUGAAUCCGGAUCUGACUGGACAAGCGAUGGGGAAGCCAUUGAAUCCAAUUAGCUCUAACAGCCCUGCCCAUCAGGCCAUGUGUAGUGGGAACCCAGGUCAGGACAUGACCCUCAAUAGCAAUAUAAAUUUCCCUAUAAAUGGCCCAAAGGAACAAAUGGGCAUGCCCAUGGGCAGGUUUGGUGGUUCUGGGGGAAUGAACCAUGUGACAAGCAUGCAAGCAACCACUCCUCAGGGUAGUAACUAUGCACUCAAAAUGAACAGUCCCUCACAGAGCAGCCCUGGCAUGAAUCCAGGACAGCCCAACUCCAUGCUUUCACCAAGGCAUCGCAUGAGCCCUGGGGUGGCUGGAAGCCCUCGAAUUCCACCCAGUCAGUUUUCCCCUGCAGGAAGCUUGCAUUCCCCUGUGGGAGUUUGCAACAGCACAGGAAAUAGCCAUAGCUACACCAACAGUUCCCUCAACGCACUUCAGGCCCUCAGCGAGGGGCAUGGGGUUUCAAUAGGGUCAUCACUGGCUUCACCGGACCUAAAAAUGGGCAAUUUGCAAAACUCCCCAGUCAAUAUGAAUCCUCCCCCACUCAGCAAAAUGGGGAGUUUAGACUCCAAAGACUGUUUUGGGCUUUAUGGGGAGCCCUCUGAAGGUACAACUGGACAAGCAGAGAGCAGCUGCCAUCCUGGAGAACAAAAGGAAACAAAUGAUUCCAGCAUACCCCAAGCCCUGAACAGUGAGCGUGCUGACGGACCGAACAGACUGCAUGACAACAAAGGACAGACCAAACUCCUACAGCUGUUGACCACCAAAUCUGACCAGAUGGAGCCUUCCCCUUUAUCUAGCUCUUUGUCGGACACAAACAAGGACUCCACAGGUAACCUGCCCGGUUCUGGGACAACACACGGAACCUCGCUCAAGGAGAAGCAUAAGAUUUUGCACAGACUCUUGCAGGACAGCAGUUCCCCUGUGGAUUUGGCUAAGUUGACAGCAGAAGCUACAGGUAAAGAGCUGAGCCAGGAGGCCAACAGCACAGCUCCUGGCUCAGACGUGACUAUUAAACAGGAACCCGCGAGCCCCAAGAAGAAAGAGAAUGCACUACUUCGCUAUUUGCUAGAUAAAGAUGAUACUAAAGAUAUCAGUUUACCAGAAAUAACUCCCAAACUUGAGCGACUGGACAGUAAAACAGACCCUGCCAGUAACACAAAAUUAAUAGCUAUGAAAACUGAGAAGGAGGAGAUGAACUUUGAGCCUGGUGACCAGCCUGGCAGUGAGCUGGACAACUUGGAGGAGAUUUUGGAUGAUUUGCAGAAUAGUCAAUUACCACAGCUUUUCCCAGACACGAGGCCCGGCGCCCCUGCAGGAUCAGUUGACAAGCAAGCCAUCAUCAAUGACCUCAUGCAACUCACGGCAGACAACAGCCCAGUCACACCUGUUGGAGCCCAGAAAACAGCACUGCGAAUUUCACAGAGCACUUUUAGUAACCCACGACCAGGGCAACUUGGCAGGUUAUUGCCAAACCAGAAUUUACCACUUGACAUCACAUUGCAAAGCCCAACUGGUGCUGGACCUUUCCCACCAAUCAGAAACAAUAGUCCCUACUCAGUGAUUCCUCAGCCAGGAAUGAUGGGUAAUCAAGGGAUGCUAGGAAACCAAGGAAAUUUAGGGAACAGUAGCACAGGAAUUAUUGGCAGUAAUGCUGCUCGACCCACUAUGCCAUCAGGGGAAUGGGUCCCACAGAAUUCUCCUGUGAGAGUCACCUGUGCGGCCACCACCAGUGCCAUGAACCGUCCCAUUCAAGGAGGUAUGAUUCGGAACCCCACAGCCAACAUCCCAAUGAGACCCAAUAACCAGCCUGGCCAAAGACAGAUGCUUCAGUCUCAGGUUAUGAAUAUAGGGCCUUCUGAAUUAGAGAUGAAUAUGGGGGGACCUCAGUAUAGCCAACAACAAGCUCCUCCAAAUCAGACUGCCCCUUGGCCUGAAAGCAUCCUGCCUAUUGACCAGACUUCCUUUGCCAGUCAGAACAGGCAACCCUUUGGCAGCUCUCCAGACGAUCUGCUAUGCCCACAUCCUGCAGCAGAAUCUCCAAGUGAUGAGGGGGCACUUCUGGACCAGCUGUAUUUAGCUUUGAGGAAUUUUGAUGGCCUGGAGGAGAUUGAUAGAGCCUUGGGAAUACCUGAGCUAGUAAGUCAGAGUCAAGCUGUAGACCCUGAACAGUUCUCAAGUCAGGAUACCAACCUCCUGCUGGAACAGAAAACCCCUGUUUUUCCACAGCAAUAUGCAUCUCAGGCCCAGAUGGCCCAGGGUAGCUAUAAUCCCAUGCAAGACCCAAACUUUCAUACCAUGGGACAGCGGCCUAGCUACGCCACACUCCGCAUGCAGCCCAGACCGGGCCUCAGACCCACAGGCUUAGUGCAGAACCAGCCAAACCAACUGAGACUUCAACUGCAGCAUCGCCUUCAAGCACAGCAGAAUCGCCAGCCACUUAUGAAUCAGAUCAGCAAUGUUUCAAAUGUGAACCUGACUCUGAGGGCUGGAGUACCAACACAGGCACCAAUUAAUGCACAGAUGCUGGCCCAAAGACAGAGGGAAAUCCUGAGCCAGCAUCUUCGACAGAAACAAAUGCAUCAGCAGCAAGUUCAGCAACGAACUUUGAUGAUGAGAGGACAAGGGUUGAAUAUGACUUCAAACAUGGUAGCUCCUAGUGGUAUACCAGCAACUAUGAACAGCCCCCGGAUCCCCCUGGCAAAUGCACAGCAGUUUCCAUUUCCUCCAAACUACGGAAUAAAUCAGCAACCUGACCCGGGCUUUACUGGGGCCACGACACCACAGAGCCCUCUAAUGUCACCUAGAAUGGCACAUACCCAGAGCCCUAUGAUGCAGCAGUCUCAGGCUAACCCAGCCUACCAGGCCUCCUCUGACAUGAAUGGAUGGGCACAGGGAAACAUGGGAGGAAAUGGCAUGUUUUCACAACAGUCCCCACCACACUUCGGGCAGCAAGCAAACACCAGCAUGUACAAUAACAAUAUGAACAUCAAUGUAUCCAUGGCAACCAACACAGGCGGUAUGACCAACAUGAACCAGAUGACAGGACAGAUCAGCAUGACCUCAGUGACCUCUGUGCCUACGUCGGGGCUGUCCUCCAUGGGUCCAGAGCAGGUUAAUGAUCCUGCUCUGAGAGGAGGCAACCUUUUUCCCAACCAACUGCCUGGAAUGGAUAUGAUCAAGCAGGAGGGAGAUGCAUCACGGAAGUAUUGCUGACACUGAAGGCAGCUGGUUGCAUCUUUCUUAGCUGACUGGGCCCACUUGCUCAAAACAGUUAACAGUCUGGAGAGCUGCGUCCAUUUGUUUUGACCCAAACGAUCUGCCAGCCAGUUCUGCCAGAGCAAGAUCCACGAGGGGCCUGGGCGCUGACUCCCCGGAGGAGUCUGUCUGUUCCAGGAGGAGCUGCCUCUUCUCGCAACAGUCUGAAGCUCACGUCCAGACCGUUCUCAGUCUGUUCACUGCAUUCACCUUAGUGCAACUUAGAUCUCUCCUGCAAAGUAAAUGUUGACAGGCAAAUUUCAUACCCAUGUCAGAUUGAAUGUAUUUAAAUGUAUGUAUUUAAGGAAAACAACCAUGCUCUUGUUCUGUUCCUGUUCGGUUCCAGACACUGGUUUCUUGCUUUGUUUUCCCUGGCUUAAUCAGUCUAGUGCAAAUGAUUAAAAUUUCAUCCGGGGGAAAGAAAAGAAUAUUUUUAAGGCAAAACUAAAAGUUUUUCCAGCUAAAACCUGUAUUUGGGGUAGAAGCCAGGCAGACACCUGGAUAGUGCUGCGUUGUGUGCAGAGACCCAAGACGAGAAGAGCAGAAAAGCCACAUGUGUAUCUAGUAGAAGGCUCUAAACACUGUUGGAAGGAAUUUCCAGUGACUUCAGAUGAAAAGCAGCCUGUGAGAGGGCUGUUCAUAUUGACAAGUACUUUAUUCCUUUUUAUUCUCUAUUUAAACCAAAUUAGGUCUCCUCAGUUGUGAAUCAAGAAAAAAUGUUUUUCAUUUCCAAAUUAUCCUCCCCUCCCUUUCUCUUGAUCAGAUAGCUUGAAUCACAUCACUUCCCCUUCUAAUCCUGACUCUCCCCAGCUCCUCCCUACCUCCCACUUCCCCCUGACGUCAGUCAUUCAUUACACAUCAAUAAAAGCCAGAGAAACCAGGUAAAACCUUGAUUUUCUUACAUGCUCUGCCAGCCACUUCACAGUCGUUCUUAAAUUUCAGAAAAGUGCAUUUACUGGCAAGGAGAGGAGAAAGUUAGGAUGUGCUUUUAAUCCAAUUAAGGACGCCUGCUUUGAAAGCAUGUUUAUUGCCCCGUUCCCCCCCCCCCCAAUACUGGCCCACAAAACAGAAGAAAAUACUAGUGCGUUUCAAAUUGACCGCGAAUAUCACGACAGAUUAAACCUCUGCCAUGUGUUUUUUAUUUUGUUUUUUAGCAGUGCUGACUAAGCCGAAGUUUUGUAAGGUACCUAAACUCCAAUUUAUAUGUAAACAAGCAAUAAUUUAAGUUGAGAACUUAAGUGUUUUAAUUGUAUAAUUUUUGUGAGGUAUACAUAUUGUGGAAUUGACUCAAAAAAUGAGGUACUUCAGUAUUAAAAAUUAGAUAUCUUCAUAGCAAUGUCUCCUAAAGGUGUUUUGUAAAGCAUAUCAAGGCCUUGAUUAGAACUAAUUUGUAGACUUAAGACUUUUUAUUUUCUAAACCUUGUGAUUCUGCUCAUAAAUCAUUUAUGUAACCUAUAUGAUAUGCAGCCACUGUAGGAACCAACUCUUGAUUUUUAUAUGUUUCUAUUCUUUCUUAACGAACCUUAGAAAGACUACAUGUUACUAAGCAGGCCACUUUUAGGGUUGUUUUUCUUGCCCACUCUGGUAGGGGAAAAAUCUUUUAUGAUUAUUGGCAUCAGUUUCAAACAACUGCAAUACCAAGAAACUGAAUGCUUUUUUUUGAACUAUUUCUCCCCACCCUUAACACACAUUCUUUCUUACCUAAAUUUCAGAAUGAUGUCUUUUUGAUGUCUAAAAAAAGCAAAGAAUUUUAUAUCUCAUUAGCCAGGCCUUUUAGGAACAGAGAGCUUUUUCCCUUGAAAUUUGGUUGUUUAUUUGUGGCAGGGUAAAAAUAAACGUCUGAAACAACUCCUAUUUAUAUUUAUAUCUCUCUAUAUGUACAGAUUGAUGGAAGUAUAAGAAGAGAUAUAGCCCAAAGAUCAGUGGUCAGUAGACAGUCUCCAGGUGUUACUCCACACUAAAGAAACUUUCUGGAAAUUUGCAUUUCGAUGUUUUCCACUUGAGAGGGCUCAUACUACAGGGAGGUGGCCAGGAACAGCACAUCUCAGUGACACCAGCUCACUUGUCCCCUUCAAAAGGCUCUACUUUUUCUUCAACCAAAAUAUUGGGUGGCCCCAAUAGAUGGGGGAAAAAAAGAGCAAAUGUUGGCCUGGAACUCCACAGCCUCAGUCAGCGAGGUUUGCGUUCACUGGUUUAAUAUGACAGGUCUGUUUUUAGUUUCAGGAGUUUCAGGAAUCCAUGAAUUUGAAUGACUGUAACUUCCCAUAGCACAAAAGUGAAAUGAAGAUUAAACUGGAUUUGUUUUGUUGAGUUUUAAGUCCCUUCUCACUCUAACACUGUCCCAAAUACCUGUGAGGUUUUGUUUUUGUUGCUGUUUUUUGUUUUUUUUUUAAAUCGUUUGUCAGUCCCAACUCAAAUCUGCAAGCCAGCGAUACUGGUCGUUUGUAAUUAUUCAUGAUCAUUACUGUUUUGAAGGAAAAGAGGUUAUAAAUUCUCUUAUGGCUCAGAUCAGGUAAUGGAUUUUGCUUUGCAUCUAAUUAAGAGAAGAAAAGUAAGUGAAGGAAACCUCUGAUCAUAUUGAUCACUAUAGAAGCAAAAGCCAAAUCAAUCCCUUCAUUAUCAGUAUUUCUCAUGCUGUAUACAAUAAAUUUGUUAGGAUGAGAACUUGGUUUUCAUUUACUAGAACAAAUAAUCAGUGUUUUACUUAUUAUUAAAUGUGAAAAACAUAAUGUGAAACGUAUACAUACAUUAACUUGGUUGUAAAACUCAUUUAUGUGUUCAUGUAAUGUGGUAAGUUUAAAAAGUGAAGUGAGCUGUUUUACUAUAAUGAAUUCGUUUGACUCAAAGAUUAAAAUGCCCCCUCCCAUGUGUAUCUCUUACGGCCUGUGAUAAUUGAAAGCAAUGUUUUUGCAGUUUAUAUAAUGCAAUUUUUAAUCUGUGUUUAAAAAUGGAGUUCAUAGGAACUUAACACAUAAAAUGGUGGCGCAGAUCCACUUGCAGAACCCAAAGAUACACAAUCAAUUUUGAAAUGCAACUUAAGCCAUUAAUUGUUGGUGUGAAUUUAAAUUUUUCUAGUAUUUGUAUGGUAGUAUGCUGCCUAAGAGCAAAGCAUUCUCUGCACAAAAGAAAAUUACUGUAGUGGCUUCGAUUUUAAUUAGAAUUUUCUCCCUGGUGUUUCUUUAUAGACUAAAACAAAAUCUUUUAAGUUUCUUACUACAGGUAAAAGCUAUGUGCAAGAACCUCAAAAUGCUAAAAUCUAGCAUAAUGCCUUAGAUCUGUUUUUAAGUCUUGUAUAUUCCUACAUAGCUGUCCAAUGUAUUAUAUUUGUAUAGUGACUUGUGUACAAUUUUGAAUAAGUGCAUCAUCACUUAACCUUGAUGUUGUCUCAUAGUGAUGAUGCUACAUUUCUUCAAACAUUUAACUGUCAUUUUUUUUCUUUUGUCAUUUGUGGGUUUUAUUUGUACAGUUCCUCAUGAAGUUGCAUCUGAGAUGUGUGUAUAUGAAAAGAUUAUACAAGGGUAAAAUUAAGCAAUAUAUUAACUCUGGUUCUUCAGGAGAAAGCUUACAGUGUUUCAGGUUGUGAUUUAUUUUCAAAAUGGAGUUGAUUGAACAUCACUUUGUUCACCUGCAUUGAUGUUUGUAUUUCUAGUGUGAGCAGUUUAUGCAAAGGUAGAUAUAUUCAGAGAAAUUUUAAAUACAUUUAUGCAAGUUAAUAUUGCUUUGCUGAUGCUAUUUGCUUAUUUGAUGUUAAAUAAUGCUAUUGUAAAUAAAGAAUUCUGUUGUUAUUGCAUCAUUUAAUAAAUUUUAAUGCCUUCGGGUUUUACAUGGCCUUGAA